AUGAGGGGCCAUGCUGAAGAAACAGUGGGAAGCACCCGAGCGAGAUCAGCAGGACAAGGUGGAUUGAAACGUCAGUCAGAACGAAGUCCAGCUCGAAAUUGCAGCAGUGGAUCUCGACAGAGGAAGCCACGACGAUCUCGAAGCAGGACCGCAGACAGGAAACCUUGGCAAAGUUCAAAAACGGCACAGUACGGUUUCGACCGGCAAAAAAAUAAAACCGAAAAGAACGCUAUCAACAACUUCCUGAGGCGCCUUGUCCGACCAAAACCAAACGAGCCUGCUUCAGCGAGCUUCAAGAACCCGGAGGUUGAAGGUGGGUGGCAAAGCACAAUGACACUAGACAGCCGUUGUUGCGAGAAAAUUUGGCCAAAGGAAGGUCCCACCAAGUGCUUCGUUGGUGAGAUUUGCGGAACCAAGAACGAGGCAGAGGAGUCUGCAAUGGAGAAAUUCUGGCAGGAUCCAGAUGUGCGGAAGACAGCCGCAACCCUUCCACCUUCAGGCCGGAAGGAGUGCAGAACCAGCUGGUGGGCUGGCCAAAAUCAGCAGAAAGCCAGUAACCAGCUACGGCACCAUGCUCGCCUGGAACAGAGACGCGCAGAAAGCGCGCUGAGAUGUCAAGAAGGAAACUAAUUUGACUAUAGGCAAACUUGUUUCACCGCGCCGGCUGCGGCCAGGCUUUCGGUCUGAUCAAAUCCAUGGGCGGUUUUGGUCA